AUGUCUGAAAGAGAUGUCUGCUCGUGGACCGUCAUUAUUGCAGCUCAUGCAAAGCAGGGGGUUUCUGAAGAGGCAUUGGUACUAUUGCAGCAAAUGCAACUGACGGAUUUCCAACCCAAUCACUUCACCUUUUCUACUGUUAUUUCAGCGUGUGCGGAUUUAUUGUGUCUGGAAUGGGGAGUGGGAGUCCAUGAACACACAGUAAGAAGUGGAUUUCAGUUUCAUGUCUCUCUUGCAAAUGUUCUUGUGGACAUGUAUACAAAAUGUGGCAGAAUUGAGGAUGCCCGACAAGUGUUUGACAAAAUUUAUCAACGAGAUGUUGUCUCCUGGACAGCUAUGGUUGCUGGAUAUGCACAGAAUGGGUACGCUGAGAAAGCCCUUGAGUUAUUCUUACUAAUGCCUAGGCGAAACGUUGUUUCAUGGAAUGCUAUAAUUUCAAGGUUUGCUGAGAAUGGAUUCGUUGGCAAAGCUCUGGAGUUUUUUUUGAGAUGCCUGAUAAAAAUGUGGUCUCGUGGACAGCUAUGA